AUGGUUGGGAAUAUUAGGAGAACUGUAAAGUGUAUAUAUGAUGGAUCCGAUUUAAAUGAAGAUAUUUUAGCAAUGCAACUCACACCAUAUAGUGAAGAAGAAUUUUUAUUUUACAAGGACAAGUUAGACAAAGCUAUAAAUGAUCUAGUAGAUUUAAUUGACAAACAAAUAGAUAAUUCUGGGAAAUUAGGAUUUAAAGAAUCCUUGAAUAGUAUGAAAUUAUUAAAUAGCUCCUUAUCACAAGAAAGUCAGGCUUCCAACUCUUCUACAAAUAUUUACAAUAGAUAUUAUAAGGUACAUACAGGAUUAAUGAAAUUGGAUAUAUUAAAGAAUGAAAUAAUAAGGUGUUUUGUAAAAUGGAAGAAUGAUUAUUAUUAUACUCAGUGGGAUGAACUUAAAAAUCCUCCUCAAGAGCUAUUGUCAUUAUGGUUGGAAUUCAAGAAUAUUAUUUCAGAAUUAGUAGAUAGCUGUGAUAAAAUAAGUAAACAACCUCAACCAAGAUUAUCAAUAGCUCCUAGUCAAGGUAAAUGUAUUGAUAGUUUAGAUGAUUCUGAUAAUAACAUAGAAAAAAUGAAGCAGAUAGAUUUAGGGAGUAGUGGGACAAUUACACAAAUUACAAGUAGCAAAAAAGAAGAAUAUGAGAACAAAAGUGAAAAUAGUAAGUUAAAUGAGCUAAAUAAUAAGGAAGAUGUUUCGAAAUUAGGAGAAGCUAAUAAAAAUAACAGGAGAGUCAAGGUAGUAUUGAAUGGUUCAACAAGUUUAUGGGGUCCAAAAGAGGUACCCAAGAAUCAAAAACAUUAUAUUAGUGGAAUGGCUAAAAUGAAGUCAGUUAAAAAAAGAUUAUAUAGUAGUAAUGGUCGUUUAAAAAUAUUGCAAAAUAGGAACAUUUCAGAUAAAAUAAGAGGUGUAGAUAAUUGUAAUGUGAAUGAAAUAACAUCUCUUGAUACAAACAACACUGAAAUUGUGAGAAAUUUAAGAAAUUGGGAGAGAAUUGAGGAAAAGAAGAUUGAAAAUAAAAGAAAAGUAUUUUUAUAUGAUGAUAUAGCAAGUAAGAAUUUAAUUAAACAUGAAAAGGAUUUUAAAAAGGAUGUAAAUUGGAUUACUUUUUCUAGUAACUUCUCUAAGGGAUGCAGGGAACUUGCAAAUGUAAAUAGAGACGAAGAAAUUAAGAUUGUAAUUAAUGAACAAUUAAUGAAUCAAAUACUAAGUAAUAUUGAAUCAACUAAUAGUAAAGUACAGCAACCCUCUCAUGAAUACAAUAAUAUGAAAGAUUUUUGUUUAUUAGAUAAUUCAGAUAUUGAUAAACUGGAAUUAAUUAAAAGUCAAUUUAGUGAUUCAUUGAAACAGCAUUUUGGAUACGAGGAAUUUAGAGAGGGUCAAUUAGAAACUAUAAUGUCUAUAUUAUGUCCAAAUAUAUUAAAUAUUAGUCAGAAUAGAAAUAAAGCUUUAAAUUGUAGAAGCAUUCUUAUAUUACCUACCGGGUAUGGAAAGAGUUUAUGCUAUCAAUAUUUAUCCUUACAUUUAAGUUAUUGGUACUCAGAAAUAACACUAGUAAUUACACCAUUAAUAUCGUUGAUGCAUGAUCAAUUAAAAAAUUUGCCCAAUUGUCUUAGAGGUGCAAUAUGGAAUUCCAAUGUCCAUAUUGAUGAUAAGAAAAUGAUUACAAAAUUAAUCAAAUUAAGAAAGUUGGAUAUAUUAUUUAUUACACCGGAAAGUUUACAUUCUAAAUUGCUUGUUGAUUCACUGAUUAUAGGAGAUUGUAAUAAUGAUAAGAGUAAUAAUUCAAUAGGUAUGGUAUGUAUUGAUGAGGCCCAUUGCAUAAGUGAAUGGGGUCAUUCAUUUAGACCUAGUUAUAUUUCAUCUAUGAAGAUAGUAAUAAAUGAGCUUAAAAUAAAGAAAAUAUUAGCAAUAACAGCUACAGCUCCAAAAAACAUUCUUUCUGAACUAAAAAAUUUACUAAAUAUUUCUGAAGUUAUACAACCUCAUAAAAAUAAUUCUAUCCAAAGAAAAAAUCUUUUAUGUAAAUUCAUAUAUUUAGAUUUAUUAAAAGCUAGAAAACCUCUAGUAAUAGAUAAUAACAAGGUACCUAAGCAGUAUAAUAAAUAUUCAAUACUUUGGGAUUAUCUGAAAUAUACAAUUAAUCAACCUUUUGAGAACAAUAAAUUAGCAAAAAUAUAUAGUAAAGAACAAAAGAAAAAUUCUAAAAGUGAAGUUUGGUCAAAAUAUAAAAAUAUUCUAAUAUAUGUAUGGCAAAAGAAUAAUUUAGAGACUAUUACAAAUUAUAUGAAAAAUAAGGGUUUAAAUGUUUUAUAUUAUCAUGGUUCUCUGAGUAAUAAUGAACGUGAGAUAGUACAGAACUCGUUUAUGGAAAAUAAGGUUAAUAUAUUUGUUGCCACUACAUCAUUUGGAAUGGGUAUAGAUAAAAAAGAUAUCGAUGCAGUUGUACAUUGGGAUAUGCCGAACUCUUUGGAGCAAUACAUUCAAGAAACUGGUCGUUGUGCUAGAGACAAUAAUAGGACUGGGACUUGUUUACUCUUUUUGUGUGAUGAUGAUUAUAAAUCUAAACGUCAAAUAAUUAGCUCUAAUUUGAUUGAUAAGGUCUCUUUAAGAAGUUUGGUGCAUAUAAUACUAGGAGAUGAAUAUUUUAAUGAGACAUAUAAUGAUGAUAUUAUAGAAUUAAAUAAUAAUAAUCCAGUUAAUAAAGGUUUUCAAUACAAAGUUUACCCUUUGCAAUUAUUCAGAAAUAUUGCUAAUAUUAGGAAUAAUGAAGAUAUUGAGAUGAUUAUGUAUUAUAUAAAAAUGAAGAUGGAUAAUUGGCUACAAAAAACUAAAAAUAUAUAUAAAGACUUAAAUAUAGUGAAUUUGAACUAUUAUAUUCGUGGUAGUAUAAAUUUAAAGUUACGUUGCUUUAAUGAAUCAUUUCAAGAAUUAAAAAAAAAGAAUGAUUUUCUAAAUAAAAUAAGUUGUGACUGUACUGAAAUAUCCGGAGUAAUAACUUUAAAUAUACUCGAGGUUUCUCAAAAUACAGGACUAUCAAUAGAAUAUAUUGAAAAUGAAAUUGAAUCAUUACGCACAACACUUCAAAUUUCAAUGGAAAAGCCUACUGACAAACCAUGUGUAGUUUUAUGCAUUUCAUAUAAUGAAAUAAAUGGUACUACAUCUGAUAAUAUGGAUGAUGGAGGGACAAAGCAAAACAUCAAGGUUGAUGAUCAGGAUAGAGCUUCAACAGAAUUAGAACAAAGAACUGAAAUACAUAGAAAUGAAAUGAGGGAUUUAGAAUUAGAUAAUAAAUAUAUAAAACCUGGAUAUUUAUUAAAAAUAGAUCAACUAUCUAUAGAUUACAUUGUUGAACAAAUAUUUAGUGAAAUUAAGGAAAAAAAACUGAAUGAAAUAAGAAAACUUGAUAUUGCAUACCUAACAUUUCAAAAGUCCUGUGAGAAUAAUUCUUUACUUGACGAUAUUUUGGAUUUGUACUUUAAUGAUGAUAAAAUAGGCUUUUAUAAAGUAUUAUUUGGGGAAAAUAAGAAGAAAGUAGAUAAGUAUAACAACAAAACUUUUAACUCUAUAAAUACUUUAGAUAAUAGUUUCAUCACUCAAAAUAUAACACGAAAUACUGACUUUACAAAUGAUGAAUGGCAAAGUUUACUAAAUGACAUGUGGUUGUAUAAAUGGAAUGAAGAAAUGAAAGACAUAGUUUUAAAAGAUGGAACUGACUUUGUAAAUAAAAUCUUUAAAGAUGCUAAAGAAAAAACCUAUGCAUCUAUUAAAUCAACAGUAAAUUUCACUUUAGAUACUUAUUUGAAAGAUUUUAUUCCUAUUCAAUGGGAGACAUAUAGGCAAACAGUGAAUUUGAUAGAAGAUGUUAUAGAACAAAGUACAAAAAAUUCUGUAAAUAAAGAUUGUGAAGCAAUAAAAAAAGGGAAGUUACUUAAUAAGGUACCUUUUACUAAAUUGUACAAUUCAGGUUCAAUCAUUGAUCAAGUAAAUUUUGUCUUUCCAAGUGACUUGGCAAGAAUUUUUGUUGGAGUUUCCACAUACAAGUUUGGAUACACAAAUAAUUCAAACUAUCAAGGGAAUUCAAUGGCUAUUCGUAGAAAAAGAGUGAUAAAUAGACUAAGUGAUAUUACCAAUACAAAAAUUUGGGGAAUCUAUAAGCAUAUUCCAUACAAUGAAGUUCUGGAAAUAUGUACAGAUACAUUUAGAGAAAGAACUGUGAACAAAUUAAUAUCAAAUUAA